GCUCCGGUCCGAGAUCUUUCCUGUUUAUUCUAUUCUGGGUGUUCCAGUGGCGUUCCCAUUCACUGAAAAUCUGGGACACAGUUUGCUAGCAGCCGCGAAGCGUGGCCCUACAGUAGAAUAGCCUGUGUAAUCUGACACUUCAACUUGCUGUGUGCCCUGCUCUGUUAGUUGAUUCAGUCACUCAUCCUAUGACGUUAAGCUCUUUUUAAAUGUUUGCGGCUGGAAGAGGGAAGAUAUUAAAAGCGCAAUCUACAACGUUAACGGUGUUUUCUUUCUUUGAAAAACACUUCGACUCGAUCAAAAAGUAACUCGUUCUCCCAGAGGACACGGGGGGGACCAUUUCCCCCAGCAGGACAUGUGAAGGGGAGAGAGGGGGGAGGGGGUGCUGGCUGUCUGGACCCCGGGCCUUCAGCACGUGCAGAUUCCACUCCUUUAAUGGCUUUCCGGUAGAAAAAGAGGAGAGACCGUCAACAUGAGCUCUCUGCAGUCAAUGGACCGGCACAUUCAGCAGACCAACGACCGGCUGCUGUGCAUCCGACAGCACUUGCAGAAUCCGGCGAAUUUCCAGACGGCGGCGACGGAGCUGCUGGACUGGUGCGGCGACCCGCGGGCCUUCCAGCGGCCCUUCGAGCAGAGCCUGAUGGGCUGCCUGACGGUGGUCAGCCGGGUUGCUGCCCAGCAGGGUUUCGACCUGGACCUGGGGUACCGGCUCCUGGCCGUCUGUGCUGCCAACCGGGACAAGUUCACGCCCAAAUCCGCAGAAACCAGCAGCUGCAGGAGGUGUCAGAAUGACGCAGCGCUCCUGUCGUCAUGGUGCGAGGAGCUGGGCCGCCUCCUCCUCCUGCGGCACCAGAAGAGCCGGGCCGGCGAAGCCGCGGUGAAGAACCACCCGACACAGCCCGCCGGGUCAGUACCGCACGGUGAUGGGUCCUAUCCUUACGACUCCGUUCCCUGGCAACAAAACACCAAUCAGCCGCCAGGGUCCUUGUCUGUGGUGACUACAGUGUGGGGCGUGGCCAACACAUCGCAGAGUCAGGCGCUUGGCAACCCAAUGGCCAACAGCAAUCCCAUGACCCCCGGGGGCACCCCCCUGGGGCCCGGCAUGUCCGCCAGCAGCCCCGGGAUGGGGUCCCCUCCCUUCCCCCCCAAAGGCUCCGGGCAGGCCUACCUGCAGCAGGGCGUGUACGGGCGCCACGGUUACCCAGGAGGGGGCUUCAGUGGAAGUUACCCCGGAGGCCCGAACGGCCCGGCUGGCAUGGGCAUGCCGCCCCAAACCCAGCCCGCCGCCGCCGCCGCCGCCGCUGCUGUUGCUGCCGCUGCUGCCACGGCAACCGCCACGGCCACGGCCACCGUCGCCGCCCUGCAGGAGACGCACAGCAAGGACAUGAACCAGUACGGCCAGAUGUGUUCACCCUUCCAGCUGGGCCCCUCCCAGCCCUACAGCGGCCAGUUCAUGAACCAGCCGGGCGCCCGGGGGCCGCCCUCCGUCCAGGGGAGCAUGAGCCCCGCGGGCAUGAGCGGGCCCCCCCUGGGGAUGGGCCAGCCCAGGGCCCAGGGCAUGGGGCCCCUGGGGCCCCACACUCAGAGGAUGCCCCAGCACCAGCAGGGUUAUAUGGGCCCCAGGCCCCAGUCCCUCCCCAUGCAGGGGAUGAAGAGGCCGUACCCAGGGGAGGGUGGUUAUGGUGGGCAGCAGUAUGGACCGAACAGCCCGUUUCCCUCCCAGCAGGGGCAGUACCCCACCCCCAGCCCCACCCGGCCCCCACCCUCGCCCGGGUACCCAGGGCAGAGGCCCACAGGCCCCCCCGGGGCAGGGCAGUACCCCCCUGCUGGGCUGGGGCAGUACUGCAAGGAGCCAUUCAAUGGCCAGGCCAGCUGUUUCUCAGGCAGCGGGUACCCCUACAACCCGGGCGGUGCGAAUGGGCCCUCUCGGUCUGUCGGUAAUUACCCACACUCCCCGGUACCUGGGAAUCCCACGCCCCCGGUGACCCCAGGAAGCAGUAUCCCGCCGUACCUGUCCCCCAGCCCGGACGUGAAGCCGCCGUUUCCGUUAGAGAUGAAGCCGAAUGUCUCACCCGCCAAUGGGAGCGAGGAGCUGCGGCUGACCUUCCCGGUGCGGGACGGGGUGGUGCUGGAGCCCUUUCGCCUGGAGCACAACCUGGCCGUGAGCAACCACGUCUUCCAGCUGCGCCCGUCCGUGCACCAGACGCUCGCCUGGAGGUCUGACCUGGAGCUGCAGUUUAAGUGCUAUCACCAUGAGGACCGGCAGAUGAACACAAACUGGCCGGCGUCGGUGCAGGUCAGCGUCAACGCCACGCCCCUCACCAUCGAGCGCGGCGACAACAAGACUUCCCACAAGCCCCUUCACCUGAAGCACGUGUGCCAGCCAGGGAGGAACACCAUCCAGAUCACCGUCACCGCCUGCUGCUGCUCUCACCUGUUCGUGCUGCAGCUGGUCCAUCGGCCGUCUGUCCGGUCUGUUCUGCAGGGUCUGCUGAAGAAGAGGCUCCUCCCGGCUGAGCACUGCAUCACCAAGAUCAAGCGGAACUUCAGCAGCUCUGUCUCCUCCUCGGGGGGCGCCGCGCUGAACGGGGAAGACGGGGUGGAGCAGACCGCCAUCCGGGUGUCCCUAAAAUGCCCCGUCACCUUCCGCAGGAUAAAGCUCCCGUCCCGUGGUCACGACUGCAAGCAUGUGCAGUGUUUCGACCUGGAAACGUACCUGCAGCUGAACUGCGAGCGGGGAACGUGGCGGUGUCCCGUGUGCCAUAAAACUGCGCUGCUCGAGGGCCUGGAGGUGGACCAGUACAUGUGGGGCAUCCUGAACGCGCUCCAGAACUCAGAUUUCGAGGAGGUGACCAUCGACCCGACGUGCAGCUGGAGGCCCGUCCCCAUGAAAUCCGAGCCGCACAUCAAGGAGGACCCGGACGGCCCGUCAGCCAAGCGCUUCCGGACCAUGAGCCCCAGCCAGAUGGUCCUGCCCAAUGUGACGGAGGUGAUCGCCCAGCUGGGGCCUGGCCCCUCCCCCUACCCAUCAGCCCAUCCUGCACGCGGCGGGAACAACAGCGAAUACAACAGCCAAGGCAACGGUUACCAAGGGCAGGGAGGGCUGGAGUUCCCCCGUGGGGGGGCGAGCAGGGCGCCCAUGAGUGACUUCAUCCCGGGACCCCACCCGCCAGACGGGCCCGCCAGCCUCGCCGUCCCGGACAAACCGACCAAUCGCUGCGCGCCCGAGCCGAUGGCUCAUCCAGGCUCUGAUCAGUCCCACAGCUCAAUGCCGCAGGGUCUGCGUGCACCUCCUCGCCCCAGCAGCCAAUCAGGGCAGCCGUUUCAUCACGGCGGCCCUCCUAUCCCAGCCUCCCGCCAGCACCCCCCCACACAGCCCGCUGUGAACAGCCACCCGCACGCCCAGAUGACCUUUAACCCCCCCUCCACCGUGGAGACUCGCCCGGGGGGGCAGGGAGCACCAGAGAUUCCGGAGCCUUCCUUGGACCUCAUCCCAGAGCUUGCAAAUCCAGAUGAGCUGCUGUCGUACCUGGACCCCCCCGACCUCCCCAGCAGCAGCAACGAUGACCUCCUCUCCCUCUUUGAAAACAACUGACUCCCUCCUCUUCUCAUAACCUCCUGUUUGUGCUCAGCUGGCUUGGGUUAGCCUGGGUUAGCCUGGGGCAGACUGGGUCAGCCUGGAACAGACUGGAUCAGCCUUGGACAGAUUGGGUGAGCCUGGGACAGACUUGAUCAGCGUGGGACACCCUGGGACAGACUAGGUUAGCCUGGGACAGACUGGAUCAGCCUGGGUCAGCCUGGUAGCCUGGGACAGACUGGGUGAGCCUGAGACAGACUGGGUCAGACUGGUUGUCCUGGGUCAGAUUGGGUCAGACUGGGUCACUCUGGGUUAGCCUGGGUCAGACUGGUUAUCCUGGGUCAGACCGAGUCAGCCUGGGUCAGACUGGAGAUCCUGGGUCAGAUUGGGUCAGACUGGGUCACUCUGGGUUAGCCUGGGUCAGAUGGGGUUAUCCUGGGUCAGACUGGGUUAGCCUGGGUCAGACCCGGUCAGACUGGGUUAGCCUGGGUCAGACCGGGUCAACCUGGGUCAGACUGGGUUAGCCUGGGUCAGACCAGGUCAACCUGCGUCAGACCUGGGUCAGACUGGGUUAGCCUGGAUCAGACUGGGUAAGCCUGGGUCAGACCAGGUCACUCUGGGUCAGGCAGGACACCAGCCAUGCACUAAAGACUGGCUGCAGAGGACAUGCACUCCACUGACCUUCUUCCUCUUAAUAAAUCUCCUCUCCAGCUCUCCGCUGUCUCUGAUUCAGCCUCUGCGCUCUCAGCUCGGUCUGCAUGUGCUGAGGGGCCAAACAUCUUAAACUGAAAUGAAGAUUUUGGUUUUAAAACAUCUGGAACAUUUUAAACAGUGCAGCUAUCGAUUUCUUUAUAUCUCGGACAGGACUCUGCGAACACUACAAAUGUAUUGUAGCAUUUUUAAGAAUUUGUUAUUUUUCUUUUUCUGAGGGAAAAAAAGAGAAGAAAAGAAGUCGUUGGUAUUCUGGCCAGUGUCCUUCCUUAGUCCCUUUCCCCCCGUUCUUCCGACCGGUGAAAGCCCGGCUCCCCGGGACUGAGAUGAAAACACUGAGUCUGUCCGUUCAGCACUGAUGAGGAGCACCAAGGCCCUGGCGUGCUAACGCGUGGAAAAGCAGACUUCUCAAAAUGGCCACUUUUUAUUACGUACUGUGAAAAAAGUAUUUCAGAAAUGCCCGAAAACCAGUUUCAUCUCACAGAGUCUGGAAAAUAUUCUUUGGCGACAGUAAGAUUUCUCUUUAUGCCCCUUAAAAAAAAAUGAAAUUCAGAAUUAUAUUUUCCCUGCACGGUCUCUCCUCCUUACAGACAGUAAGUCCUGUAAGUGUGUGUGCCAAAUUAGCUCCGUGUAAUGCUAUUAUAAACAGAAAAAUUUAAUGCUUUUUAAAAAAAAAUUCUUUUUUAAACAAUGUACUGCUUUUAUUUAAAAAAAAUUUUAAAUAAACAUUUUGGUUAGUGGAACAGCUUUCUGAUAUGCAAAAAUGUCUUGUUCGAUUUGAUAUUACUAAUUUGUAAUUUUAUUUCAUUUUAUUUAUAUGUUUGGGCACUUUUUUCCUGGACUGCAAAAAUUAGGUUAAUUUAUAAUUCUCUUCCACUGAUUGAAGGUGCUGGAUGCAGCCUGGCCUUCGGACGGCUUGUGUGUUCUUACAGGGUUGAGUCCGUUACUGCUCGGCUCAGAGUAGAACUGAAAAACUGGCAUCAUGUUUUGAGGCUUUUUCAGUUCACAAAUGAAGUGAAUUUCCUCAGUUGAUUGAACUGAAAUGGAACUGCUGGCCGUCCUGCAUUGUAGUACCAGGACUGGAGUACAGCGUGCACAUGUGAACUGAGAGAUAAUAUCUCACGACACCAAAUUAGGAGAAAAGAGAAUAACUUCACUGAGCUACAUUAAUUCAGCAAAAGCUAUAUGGCACAGCAAGCUCCCUAACUUGGGAUAAUACAGUAAGAAUUAGUUGUAUUUCUUUUACUAAUCCUUGUUAAAAUAGUGCAAUGUGUAAAUACACACCUACACACACACACAAACACAUAUAUAAAUUCUUGUCCUCUCUCUCUCUCUCUCUCUCUCUCUCUAUAUAUAUAUAUAUA